CCAUCAUGGCGGCCAAGUUUAAAUAAUCUUGGAUAAUUUCAAUAGCGCCAUUAAGCCAACAAAAGCCUUUAAAAAUGGAUCGAAGAGACCAGUACAAAACUUCAGGUGUUAGUGUAGAGUCUCAGAGAAGCAAAAGGCGUGAUCAGGAGGCAGGAAUUCGGAAAGAGAAACGCGAAAAGUUGUUGAGUGCGAAACGAGUUCGUUUCUCUGAAGUUGAAAGUGAUUGCGAAGUUGAAGACUUUACGACAGAACAAGUUCGAGAGUUAGCCAGGGCGAUACAAAAAUCAAACGAAAUCAAUCUGAAAAACCUGAAAAGUCUAAGAAAAGCGUUCGCACAAGGCAGUGAACUGAUAAACGUUUUUCUUGGUGUCGAAAACAGUAUGAGGGCUUUGGUAGGACACUUGACCGGGAAUAAUUCACAGUUACAACAUGAAGCUGCAUGGUGCAUAACAAACUUGGCAACAGGCGCUCAUGAGGAUACUAUGAAAGUACUGAAAGCAUCCGCUCCUUAUCUUAUCACAUAUCUUAGCGGACAAAAUGUGCAACUGCAAGAUCAGUGUGCCUGGGCUUUAGGAAACUUUUCUGGCGAUUCUCAGGAAUGCAGGGACAUUCUUCGGGCGCAGGGGAUCAUUGUUCCAAUGGUUAAUCUUUUAAAGUCACCAAUAUCCACCGUGGUGCAGUCGGCAGCAUUUGCUUUAUCCAACCUUGCCAGGGGAGACCAGGUUGUAGCUGAAGAAUUGUUACAAGCGGGAAUAGUGCCUCUCAUCACCAACCUGUUAACUCCAGGAAACAGCUCCACUGAUGUUGCUUCAGAAGUAGCUUGGGUACUGUCAUACUUGACAUCCAAACCUGUGUGUGUGCUGUCAAUAGUAUCAGGGGGAAUUAUUGACAUUCUCGUUCAGUUCUUGAGUUCACUGGCACAGCAAACCCAACUUGAUAGCCAAGCUGUGACACCAAUGUUACGAAGCUUAGGUAACAUUGUUAGUGGACCCGAUGAGUAUGGUAUCCAAGCAAUGCGGAGUGGGAAAUUGGUUGGUGCAAUGACAUCAUUUCUCCAGUCAGUGCACAGGCAUAUAAAGAAGGAGAGUCUGUGGGUAUUGUCCAAUUUGACAGCAGGACCCACCGAACACAUUGAUGUGUUUGUGCAAGCUGGAAUAUUACCACUCUUUAUGGAUCUGAUGUCAUCAACUUACGAUAUUAAGAAGGAGGCUUCCAUUUGCUUGUGCAACAUCGCACAUCAGGGUCCUGAAUACUUAAAGAAUGUUCUAGAUGCUGGAGCUAUGGAAUCAUUCAUUAACAUCAUGAAAUCACCAGACCAAGACACUGUUAUCACUGGUCUGCAGUUUAUUGAGAUGUCGUUAAGGAAUUUUCCAGCAUCUAAAGACUUGUUUGAGGCUGGUGAAGGUGUUGCUUGUUUAGAAGCUUUGGAAUACAACUGUAAUGAAACAAUCUGUCAGUAUGCAAAUGAGCUUCUUGAUACUUAUUUCAUGGAGGGUGGACCUGAGGAGGGAGACCUUGGUGGGGAAGCAGAGAAUGGUGAAAAUGAUGUGUUGUCAUGGAGAUGUCAAGACAGUGAGAUGACAACAUAGUGUAAUUUGCACUUUUCAGACUAGUUUGCAAAUCAUGAAAUUCUUAAUGCACAUUUCACCAGAGAGAUGUAGAGUCUUGAAGCCAGUAACAAAAGUGUUGUCCCCCUAAUUAUCACAGAUAGCAGAGGUUGGGUACAAGUCCAGUUUAAUUUUUGUCAACCUUCAACAAGUGACCAAGACUAACUUUCAUCUUACAUUAUCAAUACAAAAUCAAACAGACAAGUGAUUAGAAUAAAGAAAGUUAUUAUCCAACUGAGCUUU